UUUUUCCCAUCAACGGUGAUCCGCGACGGAUGGGGUGUACCCUGUGCACGAUGGUGGGCGACCCCGCCGCGGGAGUGCCCUCAGCAACAUUGCCGGAGCGACAGACCGAUUUGGAGCGCGUGGAAGCUCAGGCGCGCGUGCAGUCGGGCGUCACGAGCGUGACGGAAGGUGUUGUGGAGCUCAUGCUUCGCGGUCGUCGGCACGGCAUCUUCAACGAUGACACGGAGGACGGAACAACUGUUUUGGAUGCUGGAGACGUGACCGUGGACGUUCCAUCCACCCUAUCCAUGGAGGACAAUCUGCUCAUCGUGGAAUCGUUGCGCGCCAACGAACUGUUUUCGUGUCUUGAGCCACCGCAUUUGGAAGUCCUUGCAAAGCGCAUGACUGUGCUUCGUGUCCACGGCGGGGACAUUGUGUACACCCAAGGAGAUAUGGGGGACACGCUGUACAUCAUCAAGUCAGGCCACUUUGACGUGACCACCAACGACGACCGCAUGCGCGCCCUCGUGGUCGGCAAUUCCUUUGGAGAACUCGGUCUGCUAUACAAGUGCAUUCGCACGGAAACGGUUGGGUUGAGUGACGAAGGCGGCAACUACGGCGACUUGUUCUGCCUCAAAGGCCGCACGUUUCGAGAAAUCGUCGCCAAGGUGUCGGCGGGGUCGCUCAAUAUCUCCAAAGACGCGCUUCGUAAAGUUCCGCUGUUGCAAUCCCUCACGGAAAGUCAAUUUGACACUGUCGCUGGCGCCGUCCGAGCGUUGCAGUUCCGAGAAGGAGAUAUCAUUGUGCGCAAAGGCGAGCCUGGGAAUGUGCUGUAUAUGAUCCAAGCUGGCACGGUUGUGUGCACGGAUAUUGGGGCGCUGGACGACAUUGAACUGCAUGAUGGCGAGUACUUUGGCGAGCGCGCGUUGAUGAAGGAUGAACCCCGCGCCGCGACCGUGUACGCCAAGACGGGCGUGCACGUGAUGGCCCUGGACCGCGAAGUGUUUACGUCAGUGUUGGGUCCGCUGCAGGAACUCAUCAAACACAACCUCAUGAUGCGAUCGGUGCAAAGCAUUCCUCUUUUGAAAGACCUGUCCGAGCUGCAAAAGCAGCAACUCAUUGACCAGACGCCGUUGAUCCCGUACACCGCCAACCAAACCAUCUUGACCGAAGGCGCAUUCGGCAACGACUUUUACAUUGUCGUCAGUGGGCAGGUGAACGUGACCCAAGCAAUCGACGACCGCGUCGUGCAUCUGAACACCCUGUCGUCCGGCGAUUACUUUGGCGAACAGGCGGCACUCCAAGAAGUGCCGGCGCGGCGCAAUGCGUCCGUCACCGCUGCCACCGCCGUAGAAUGCCUUGUGAUCGACCAUGCACUCUUUCAGUCCAUCCGCAAGCCGAUUCAAACCGCGCUCGAGUCCAACAUCGACGCAAGGAAUCAAAUGAGCCAAGACAAGAUUUUCGCCGCGUCCAUUUCGAUUUCGACGCUCGAGCGCACCAAGGUCCUCGGCAUUGGAUCGUUCGGACUCGUGUACAUCGCCAAGCAUGUCCCGACAGGUCGCUUCGUGGCGGUGAAGGAGAUGUACAAGGCGCGCUUGGAAACGUCCAAGCAGAUGGGACAUGUGUUGGCCGAGAAGGACCUCCUGAGCUCGUUCCAUCACCCGUUCAUCCUCAAGUACCUAGUCGCGUUGCAGGAAGAGCGAAAGGUGUACAUCGUGACCGAGUCGCUCUUGGGCGGGGAGUUGUUUCAGCGCAUUGUCAAUCCUGCCGGCGUCCCCACCCCUCUACCCAUGGACAGCGCGCGGUUUUACGCUGGAUGUGUCGUCAAGGCACUGAAGUACCUCCACACACGGAACGUCGCGUAUCGGGAUUUGAAGCCCGAAAACAUCCUCUUGGACAGCCACGGGUACGCGAAGAUUGUCGAUUUUGGCUUUGCGAAGAAACUCACGCAAAAAACCUAUACGUUGUGCGGCACCCCCGAGUAUUUGGCGCCGGAAAUCGUCAUGGGGAUCGGACAUGGCUUUAUGGUGGACAACUGGGCGCUUGGCAUCUUGAUCUACGAAAUGGUACGCUGCCCUUGUCGAUACAGUCCCCAUCUAGACGACCCACAGAGAGCAUGCUUCAUGAUGUACGUGCUGCGUUAUGGUCAUCAUAGGUGGUGGGAGAUUCGCCGUUUGCCGACAUCAAGGACGACCACAUGACGAUUUGCAGGUCGAUUUUGCGCGGCAAAGUCGAGUUCAGGAAGGACGCGGACCCCGAGUGGAGACGACUUGUGGAAGGUCUGUUGACGCGCGAACCAACGAAACGCAUGAGUUGCUUGGCCGGCGCUGUGGAGUCGCAUCCGUGGUUCAACGGGUUUGCAUGGGAUGACCUUCUCGCGCAGAAGAUGCCGGCGCCAUGGACGCCCAACGUUGUCGCGGGCGAUGACGUGCGAUGGUUCAGUCCCGUGGACACGGACGAGUUGACAGAGCUCAAGGAAUGGGACUCUGUCAGUCCCGAGAAAGACUGGAGUGAGUUUUAGAUCAAGGUCAAUGCAGUAGUACACUGGCGAGUCAUCACAAUCGCACGGCUUGGUGCUGUAUUGCAUAUCCAGACUCAUGCAUGCGGCGAGGGUUGGAAGGCCUUCUUUGCAUGGAGGAGAUCGGCUUGCCAUGGGAUCAGCGACAUGAGGCGGUCGCAGUUUGUUGUGCUGUCGUCGUCCGCGUUGCCAUGUCCACGGCAAAAAUCAAAGCUUGGUCUGUGUGACUAAUAUUAUUCCCGGCCGUUCCAACAAUCCAACA